AUGGAUGACAGCAAUUCUGAAGAGCUUUACAGCAGCGGUGACAAUCUGGGAGAUCAGCAUCUCAACAGGAGACAUUCUCUUUCUGAUUCGUCAGAAGAGCUCAGGAAAGCUGCUGAGGAGUCUCUGUGCUCAUCUUCAAGCACUCUCGAUGUCAGCAGAAGAAAUAUUAAGCAUCUCACUGAGGACAUGUACAGAUUGCCCAACAUAAAGUACCUUCAUCUGGAAGGAAAUGUCAUAUCCACGCUCCCCAAGGAUUUGUUUCAGAAGCUGCCACGUCUUGUUUGGCUGGAUCUCCGCUAUAACAAGAUUAAAGCUCUUCCCCCUGGAAUCGGUUUCCACAGGCACUUGAAAACUCUGCUCUUAGAGAGGAAUCCUAUAAAAGAGCUACCUGCAGAGCUCGGACACUUGACUUCGCUGACAGCCCUGAAUCUGAGACACUGUCCCAUUGAAUAUCCUCCUAAAGAGGUCAUACAAAAGGGAUUAAAAACCAUCCUGUCCUUUCUUCGGGACUCUGGGAAUGGAAACCUACCCUGCAUGGAGCCAGCUACAUCAGAAACACUGCCGGUCAUGGAGCUCCAUCUGAGUGAGCUGUGGCAGCGCAGCCUGGAUCUGUCCCAGGAGCGGCCAAGGCAGGAGGAGAAGCGGCGGCUCCGGGAGCUGCGGGCAGGAACCAGCAGGAAGCAGAAGGAAGCGCUGCCCGCUGAGGGAUGUGAUGGAUGUGAUGGAUGUGAUGGUGCUGGCCGGGGCCGGCAGAAGCCGCAGCUGUGCCCGCACCCAGCGGGCCCCGGCAGGUGAGGACCCCCCCCAUGCUGAGGAGCACCAGGAGGGUCCUGCAGGUGCUGCAGGCUCUGUGCUCCCACU